AUGUCGAGCCUCAGCCGGGAGGUCAUCACGCACAAAUUGGCGGUGGACCCCAACGCCAAGCCGGUCCAGCAGCGGAAGCGCUAUUCCGCCGCGGACAGACGAGAAUUUGUGAAGAAUGAGGUCGACACCCUCCUCGAGAUAGGGCAUAUAAGGGAGGUCCUAUACCCGGCAAGGCUCGCGAAUGUAGUCCUCGCACCUAAACCACCUACGUGGAGGAUGUGUGUGGACUACACGGACCUCAACAAGGCAUGCCCCAUGGACCCCUUCCCGCUACCGAACAUAGAUCAGCUAGGGGCCGAGACGGCGGGAUGCGCGCUCAUGAGCUUCCUGACAACAGGGUUCGACCUCGCUACUUUCAAGUCGGUGAUUACGUCCGCCGCAGGGGGAAGCAAGCCGACCCCAGGACGGAGGCAAGUUUGCCAAGAAAUGGGAAGGACCAUAUGUGGUCGAAGCCAUAGUACGCCCGGGCAGCUACAAGUUGAGGACUCCAUCGGGCAAGACAGUGGACUGGGUGUGGAACUCGGAACACUUGUUGAAAUUUUACCAGUAGAAGCACAUUUGUACGGCCUACCCCCUCCCCAAUAA